CUUGGUCAAGCAGUCUUUAUUUUUCUACACACACAAAUUCGGCAUAUAGAACUGGCUUCAUCUUCAUACAUUAAUCCAGUUAUCCUACGGAACUAAAGAGGAAACGAAAAUUCCAUUAGCUUCUCUUCCAUUCCAUAAAUUCAAAUGUGGUGAAAAAGGUUUGCGACAAAAUGGAAAAAUCAUCAUUGCUUAUUGCUUCAAUCGCAUUUCUACUACUAAUAUCAAGAUCAAACGGGGAUGCUAGAACCCAAGUCAUCAAAGUGUUUUGUGAUGAAGAAAUCCACAACGAUGACACGUACUUCGUCCCAAAUUAUGUGCAAGCAAUGGAAAUAGUCAGCACCGAAAUGCAAACAUCUCAUAAUGCAACCGUAGAAGUGGGCACAGGACCCAACACAAAUUACGUACUUGCCCAAUGCUACAACGAUCUUUCCUCACAAGAUUGCAUGUUAUGUUAUGCCGAAACCCGUACUGUUUUUCCUAGUUGCUAUCCCCGUAACGGGGGUCGAAUUUAUCUUGAUGGUUGUUUUAUGCGGCUUCAAAAUUAUAGCUUUUAUGAAGAAUAUACGGGAUCCUAUGACACAAUUGUUUGUGGGAAUAUAACGAGGGAGAGUGUAGAGUUUCAAAAUUCGACUAAACAAGCAGUGUUGAAUGUGGUAGCAGAUGCGUUGAGUAAUGAUGAGUAUUUUGGUAGGGGAGAGGUGGUGGUGGUGCCUGGUAAUAAGUCAGUUUAUGUGAUGGCAGAAUGUUGGAGGACUUUGAGUCCAGGGAAUUGUAGGAAGUGUUUAGAGAAUGCGUCCGAGGUGAUAUCGAAAUGUUUGCCAUGGUCGGAGGGAAGGGCACUAAAUACGGGCUGUUUUAUGAGGUAUUCUGAUACAAAUUUUCUAAAUCCUAUACAACAGACAGGUGGCUCGAAAAAUAAAGGGAAGAUGGUAGCAAUUAUUAUUUCCAUUAUUAGUUCUGUGUUGGUUUUGGCUGUUGCGUUGAUGAUUGUUUUAUACAUCAAGAGAUACAAAUAUAUUCAACAUAUGAGAAGAGGUUCUUAUGAUGUUGAGAAAUUAGCAAAGAUUCUUACUGACAGUAGCUUAAACUUCAAAUACUCCACAAUUGAGAAAGCCACAGCAAAUUGGGAUGAGUCCAACAAGCUUGGACAAGGAGGAUUUGGAACCGUCUAUAAGGGUGUUCUUUCGGAUGGACGAGAAAUAGCCGUGAAGAGGCUCUACGUCAACAACAAAUUCAGGGCAGCAGAUUUCUACAACGAAGUUAACAUAAUUAGUAGUGUUGAACACAAAAACCUUGUCAGGCUCUUAGGAUGCAGUUGUUCAGGACCUGAAAGCAUUCUCGUAUAUGAAUAUCUUCCAAAUAUGAGCCUCGACCUCUUCAUUUUUGAUGAAAUAAAAGGAAAGGAACUAAAUUGGGAGAAGAGGUUUCAAAUCAUUAUUGGUACAACAGAAGGCUUAGUGUACCUUCAUGAGAACACCAAGAACCGAAUUAUUCAUAGAGAUAUCAAAGCUUCUAACAUCUUGUUAGACUUGAGACUUCGCGCUAAAAUAGCCGAUUUUGGGUUGGCCAGAUCUUUUCAAGAUGAUAAAAGUCACAUUAGUACCGCCAUCGCGGGUACACUUGGGUAUAUGGCUCCAGAGUAUCUAGCCCAUGGUCAGUUAACCGAAAAGGCAGAUGUCUACAGCUUUGGAGUUUUACUUCUUGAAAUAGUCACUGGAAUGGAAAACAAUAAAAGCAAUACAAUGGAAUAUACCGACAGCUUAAUCUCCACCACAUGGAAGCACUUCCAGAAAGGUACAGUGGAGCAAAUCUUUGACCCGAAUCUAUUUAUGGAUAUUUACCCAAACACUAUUUUCAAGAAAGAUGCAAUAAAAGUUGUUCAUGUGGGACUUCUAUGCACCCAAGAAGCUCCAUCUUUAAGGCCAACAAUGUCAAAUGUACUAAAAAUGUUGGCAAAAGAUGAUGAACAUUUACCCUUCCCUUCUAAUCCCCCUUUUAUUGAUGAAAAAACCAUGGAACUCAACAAUAUCACAAAAAAGUUACUUCAUGAUCAUGAAGGAGAAAGCUCUAGUUCAAUUGCUACAGUUUCUCAUAGUGAGUUCUAUCCGAGGUAAUACUGGUUAUCUGAUCCUUGAUAACUAGUGCAUUUACAUCAUUUGGAUAGAUAAAAGUCUAAGAGGUAGUCAUGUACUCAUGUCACUAACAUCAUUCCAGUAUAAGCCAAACACAAUACAACCUAUUUUGUCAUGUAACAUGAUAACCAGUGAAAUCACUACUAUGGUCGUUAGUAUCAUCAUUUUGAUAUUGUGAAGAGAGGGUGAAUUUGUUUGAAGGAUCAUUUAUGUAUUUUAGUUAGGUAAGUUGUUUAAUUUAUUGGUAGGGUAGAAUAUUGUGCAUAAAAUAGCAAAGUAGAUUCUUAUUAUUUUGUAAUGAACAUGAUUUCCAAUAA